ACAACAAAGUGCUGAGAUUUUGGUCAACAACUGGAAGAGGCCCUUCUCAUCACAGAGUGUACUUACAGCAGGUGUUUGCUCAAGACAACUUCACCAGAUCACAACUUCCUUGAAGUGUUUGGAAUAUUCUGGUGCAGAUUUUCAAGGAGCAGGCAAGCAAGAAGACAUGAGCCAGCAACUGAGAAAAAGGGCCAAGAAUGGUGGCCAGAAGAGCUCUGGUGGGAGAGUCCUCCGGAGCACUAAAGCGAAGCAAGCCAAGCCGAGCCAAACGCAGCAGGCAAAAGUGGAGCCCCUUGAGCCAACAUGGGCCUUCCGUGAUGAGGACGCAUGCUUUGCGCGUGACCUUCCAGGUGCGGGAGAGGAGGACUUCCCUGACUGCUACAUAGAAUGUGUCAUCAGAGGUGAGUUUCCUCAGCCGCUCCUGGAAGAUGACUCACUUUUUAAGUCUUUUGAAGGAACCGAACAAGAUCUUUCCCAGCAAGUUCUUGAAGCAAGCUCUUUUCUUGAACGUUCUUUGGAAUACAUGAAAAAGGAGGAAAAACAGCAACUUCCUCAACAGGAGGUUGGAAAACAUUCACGUCCCGGCUAUUCUGAGUACAUGACAGGCAAGAAGCUUCCUCCUGGAGGAAUAUCUGGCCUUGAUUUAACGGAUCCCAAACAGCUGGCAGAGUUUGCUAAGAAGUCAAAAGCAAAUAAAUGUAAUGAAGAGACAUUCGCUUGUCCUGAGAGUGGAUGUACAAAAAAGUUGAGGGAUAAAACUGCCCUGAAAAAGCAUCUGGUCAUUCACGGCCCCCGACACCACGUCUGUGCUGAAUGCGGGAAAGGGUUCUGCGAGAAGUCAAAGCUGAAACGCCACUUUCUGGUUCACACUGGAGAGAAGCCCUUCCAGUGCACCUUUGACGGAUGCGGAAGGCGCUUUUCCCUGGACUUCAAUUUGCGCACACAUGUACGCAUUCACACUGGUGAAAAACCUUUUAUGUGUCCCUUUGACGGUUGUAACAAGAGAUUUAUUCAGUCAAAUAACAUGAAAGCUCACAUCAUAACUCAUGCAAAGGCAAAUUAGAAUCAGUGGA